AUGGUCACCGCCGAGUUCUCCUUUCUGAUGUGGCCGGAUCUUAUCAAAAAAGGUAAAGAAGGAGGUCUUGAUGCGAUCGAAACAUAUGUCUUCUGGAAUGCGCAUGAGCCUACUCGCCGUCAAUAUGAUUUUUCUGGAAAAUUAGAUCUUAUUCGAUUCCUGAAAACCAUUCAAGAUGAAGGAUUGUAUGGUGUUCUUCGCAUAGGACCAUAUGCAUGUGCUGAGUGGAAUUACGGAGGAUUCCCAGUGUGGCUGCACAACAUGCCUGGAAUGGUGUUCAGAACUACAAACAAAGCAUUUAUGGAUGAGAUGCAAAACUUCACAACUAUGAUAGUAGACAUGGUCAAGAAAGAAAAUUUAUUUGCAUCACAAGGAGGCCCAAUUAUUCUUGCUCAAAUAGAAAAUGAGUAUGGAAAUGUAAUGGGACCCUAUGGAGAAUCGGGUAAAGAAUACAUUAAGUGGUGUGCAAACAUGGCUCAGUCUCUUGAUGUUGGUGUUCCAUGGAUAAUGUGUCAACAAAAUGAUGCUCCUCAGCCUAUGUUGAAUACAUGUAAUGGCUUUUAUUGUGACAAUUUUGUACCAAACAAUCCCAACACUCCUAAGAUGUGGACUGAGAAUUGGACCGGAUGGUUUAAGCAAUGGGGUGGUAAAAAUCCUCAUAGAACAACCGAAGAUGUUGCAUUUUCUGUUGCAAGAUUCUUCCAAAGAGGAGGAACUUUUAAUAAUUAUUAUAUGUACCAUGGAGGCACGAACUUUGACAGAACCGCAGGUGGUCCAUACAUCACAACUUCGUAUGAUUAUGAUGCUCCCCUUGACGAAUAUGGUAAUUUGAGUCAACCAAAAUACGGGCAUUUGAAACAACUUCAUGAUGUUCUUCACUCAAUAGAGAAAACUCUCACAUACGGAAACAUCUCCACCAUUGACUUUGGAAACUCUGCAUCGGCAACAAUUUAUAAAACCGAAGAAGGAUCAAGCUGCUUUUUUGGAAAUGGAAAUGAAAAUUCAGAUGCAACAAUUAGUUUCCAAGGAGAAUCUUACGUUGUCCCGGCUUGGUCUGUUACCAUUUUACCUGAUUGCAAAAAUGAGGCUUAUAACACCGCCAAGAUUACCACUCAGACUUCAAUGAUGGUUAAGAAACCAAAUGAAGCUGAGGAUACCCCUUCAACUCUGAAAUGGUCAUGGAGACCAGAGAACAUGGACAACUUCCUUUUGAAAGGAAAAGGAGAAUCUACACAGACACAACUAUUUGAUCAGAAAGUAGUCACCAAUGACCAAAGUGAUUAUCUAUGGUACAUGACUACCGUUAAGUUUAAAAAACGAGAUCCGCUUUUGGGUAAAACUAUGUCUCUUCGCGUCAACAGUACUGCUCAUGUCCUUCACGCUUUCGUCAAUGGAAAAAAUAUUGGUAAGUAACUCUUAUAUGUGUUUUACAUAUCUCAAUAACACCAUCUUACCAAAAAGUCUUUGAUUUAUAUUUUUAGGUAAUCAACACGCUGAGAAUGGAAAAUUUAACUAUGUAUUUGAGAAAGAUGUGAAGUUUAAGUCUGGUCGUAAUGUCAUUGCUCUUCUUAGCAUAACUGUGGGACUUGCGGUAAGUUCUUAGAUAUUAUUUUAUCUUGUAUUUAUUUUUAAAGUUAAAACUCUUAUUUUUUUAUAUUUUAACUGAAAAUAAAAAUUUGACAAUUUUUUUUUGAUAGAACUAUGGUGCUUUCUUUGAAAGUAAGCCGGCUGGAAUCACUGGACCCAUUUUUAUUACUGGAAUAAAUGGUGAUGAAACUAUAGUUAAGGACUUGUCUGAUCAUAAAUGGAGCUAUAAAACCGGUUUAAAUGGGUUUGACAACCAACUCUUUAGAACGGAAUCAAUGUCUAAAUGGUCAGUUGAAAAUGUACCGUUUAACCGAACCAUGACUUGGUAUAAGGUAAAGAGAUGUUAUUAUA